AUGGCAGACGCGCCCAACGCCACGGACGAGCUCUACCCCAUUGCCGUGCUUAUCGAUGAGCUCAAGCACGACGAUGUCCUGCUCCGUCUCAAUGCCAUCCACCGUCUGUCGACGAUUGCUCUCGCACUCGGCGCUGAGCGCACGCGCGAAGAACUGAUUCCCUUUCUCGAUGAAUCUGUCGAAGACGAGGAUGAGGUGCUUGUUGCCUUGAGCGAGGAGCUCGGUGGCUUCAUUGAAUAUGUCGGCGGCCCGGAGUGGGGUCAUGUGCUCCUGUCGCCCCUAGAGAACCUCGCUGCGAUCGAGGAGCCCGUUGUCCGAGACAAAGCGGUCGAGUCUCUAAACAAGAUCUGCGACGAGCUGUCGCCGAAGCAGGUCGAGGAGUACUUUGUGCCCCUGACCGUGCGCCUGUCCAAGGCCGACUGGUUCACGUCGAAAGUGAGCGGCUGCGGACUAUACACAGCCCCAUACAAGAAGGUGCCGCCCGGUGUCCAGGAGCAGCUCCGCCAGCAAUUCGGACAGCUUGUCCACGAUGAUACCCCGAUGGUGCGGCGCCAGUCCGCCACGCACAUGCCCAAAUUUGUCAAGGAGAUGCCCGCCGCCAUUGUGAUUGACGAGAUGAUCCCCUUGUUUCAGCACCUCGCACAAGACGACCAAGAUAGCGUCCGUCUUCUUACCGUCGAGAUUCUCAUCGCCAUUGCCGAAGUCGUUCCCAAGGAGCAGCAGUCCAGCCAUGGCGUGCUGCUCACGGCCCUGCGCAGCCUGAUCGAGGACAAGAGCUGGCGUGUGCGGUACAUGGUUGCAGACCACUUUGAGAAGAUUGCCAAAGCCGUCGACGAGGAGGUCGUCACGAGAGACCUGGUCCCUGCCUUUGUCAAGUUGUUAAAGGACAACGAAGCCGAGGUGCGGACGGCCAUUGCCGGCCAAAUACCCGGCUUCUGUGUCCUGGUCGACCGUGACAUGCUACUUAACGAGAUUAUGCCCAGCGUCGAGGACCUUGUAUCGGACACGUCCCAGCACGUGCGCGCGGCCCUGGGCACACAGAUAUCCGGCCUAGCACCAAUUCUGGGCAAGCAAGAGACAAUCGACCACCUCCUGCCCAUGUUUUUGCAAAUGCUCAAGGACGAGUUUCCUGAAGUUCGCCUUCACAUCAUCUCCAAACUGGAGCUUGUGAACCAAGUUCAACUGGCCGAGGACAAGCAGUGGCGAGUGCGGUUGGCUAUUAUCGAGUACAUUCCGCUGCUCGCCAGCCAGCUUGGCGUCGAGUUCUUUGACGAGAAGUUGAGCAGCCUGUGCAUGAGCUGGCUGGGCGACACGGUGUUUUCGAUCCGUGAAGCGGCAACACACAACCUCAAGAAGCUCACGGAGGUCUUUGGCGUCGACUGGGCCAGCGAGGCGAUCAUUCCGAAAGUCAUGGCUAUGGGUAACCACCCCAACUACCUUUACCGGAUGACGACCUGCUUUGCUAUUACGACCCUCGCAAGUGUGGUCAGCCUGGAGGUGAUUGGCAAGCACAUUCUCCCGAUGAUGGACAAACUGGUGGUGGAUGACAUUCCGAAUAUCCGCUUCAACGUCGCCAAGACGUACGGGGUUCUGAUUGAUGUGCUCAAACGGCUGCCGGACCAGGGCACACUGCACUCGCCCGAGAAUGCUGACAAGGCCGGCAGCGGCGCACCUCCCGCGCCGUCCGCCAAGGGCGCCGAGCUGAUCCAGAGCCGCGUGCUGCCGAGCCUCGAGAAGCUGCAAAAAGACGAAGACGUCGACGUGCGGUACUUUGCGACGACAGCAGCAGCCAUCGCGACCGGUGCGUCGCCGACCGGGGACCCGAUGAAUACCUCUCCAUAG